CGGAAGUGCUUCUCUGCAGCGCUGGGAGAUCGGCGUGACUUUGAAAGGCAUCCUGGUCACUAUGCGGCUCCUGAAAGCAGCCUGUGUUCUGGGUCACCGGCCCUUCCGCCAGGCCGGGUUCUGCUGGGGGAGGCAGACGUUGAAUCUCUCCAGACAUUGUUCCUCUGGUAUCGUCCCAAAUGAAAGGAUACGGAAUAUUGGUAUUUCUGCUCACAUCGACUCUGGCAAAACCACUCUUACAGAGCGUAUUCUUUACUACACUGGUAGAAUAGCCCAGAUGCAUGAGGUGAAAGGUAAGGAUGGUGUUGGCGCUGUCAUGGAUUCAAUGGAGUUAGAGCGUCAGAGAGGCAUCACAAUCCAGUCAGCUGCCACUUUCACAAUGUGGAGAGACACUAACAUCAACAUCAUUGAUACACCAGGUCAUGUAGACUUCACAAUUGAAGUGGAGAGAGCACUAAGGGUUCUUGAUGGUGCAGUGCUUGUCCUUUGUGCAGUUGGAGGUGUUCAGUGCCAGACAAUGACUGUGAACAGACAAAUGAAGAGAUAUGGUGUACCAUUCUUAACCUUUAUCAACAAGUUGGACCGAUCCGGCUCUAACCCUAACAAAGCAGUACAGCAGAUAAGAUCCAAGUUAAAUCAUAAUGCAGCCUUUGUUCAGAUUCCUAUUGGAAUAGAGAGUAAUCUUAAAGGAAUCAUUGACCUUGUGGAGGAGCGAGCUAUAUUCUUUGAUGGAGAAUACGGACAAUCUGUGAGAUAUGACGAUAUCCCAGCCGACUUUAGGGCAGAGGCAGCCGAUAGACGUCAAGAGCUGAUUGAAAGCGUAGCUAAUUCUGAUGAUCACCUAGGUGAGAUGUUUUUGGAAGAGAAAAUCCCUACUAAUUUGGAAAUCAAGCAAGCUAUCCGGCGAGCUACGCUGAAGAGAUUGUUUACACCUGUCUUAGUGGGAAGUGCAUUGAAGAAUAAGGGUGUACAGCCACUUCUAGAUGCUGUCCUAGACUAUCUGCCAAACCCAUCUGAAGUACAAAACUUUGCUAUUCUCAAUCAAGAGAGCACAGAAGAGAAAUCUAAGAUCUUAAUGAGUUCUCUCCGAGAUGACACUCAGCCUUUCGUUGGCCUGGCUUUUAAACUGGAGGCUGGUCGUUUUGGUCAACUCACUUAUGUCAGAGUGUACCAGGGAAUGCUGAAAAAAGGUGAAUACAUAUUCAAUACAAGGACAGGCAAGAAAGUGAGGGUACAGCGACUGGUGCGUCUACAUGCAGAUUUGAUGGAGGAUGUGGAUGAAGUUUACGCAGGUGACAUCUGUGCAUUGUUUGGAAUUGACUGUGCUAGUGGAGACACCUUUGCAAGCAAGUCCAAUGACAACAUUUCCAUGGAAUCCAUUCAUGUUCCUGAUCCAGUCAUUUCAGUAGCUAUGAAACCAUCCAACAAGAAUGACAUGGACAAAUUCUCAAAAGGCAUCAGCCGGUUCACAAGAGAGGACCCAACAUUCAGAGUGCAUUAUGAGGUGGAAAGUAAAGAAACCAUAGUUUCUGGGAUGGGAGAGUUACAUCUGGAGAUCUAUGCUCAGAGGAUGGAGAGGGAAUACGGAUGUCCCUGUGUCAUGGGAAAACCUAAAGUUGCAUUUAGAGAGACAAUCGCCAAACCAGUACAGUUUGAGUUUACCCACAAAAAGCAGUCUGGGGGAUCGGGUCAGUAUGGUAAAGUCAUUGGUUUUGUUGAGCCUCUUGAGCCUGAGGAGUACACUAAACUUGAAUUUGAAGAUCGAACAGUUGGAACAAAUGUUCCCAAGCAGUUUGUCCCUGCGGUUGAAAAGGGUUUCCUGGAUGCCUGUGAGAGAGGCCCCCUUACUGGGCACAAGAUUUCAGGAUUACGUUUUGUUUUGGAGGACGGUGCACAUCACAUGGUGGAUUCCAACGAAAUCUCUUUCAUCAGAGCUGGCGAAGGAGCUUUGAAACAAGCAAUGGAGGGGUCCACUAUUACGAUCUUAGAGCCAAUAAUGUCAGUGGAGGUCGUAGCCCCUGUUGAAUUCCAAGGACCUGUAUUUGCUGGUAUCAACCGUAGGCAUGGAGUGAUUGUAGGUCAAGAUGGAUCCGAAGGAUAUUUCACUCUCUAUGCAGAUGUUCCUUUAAAUGAUAUGUUUGGCUAUGCAUCAGAACUUAGGUCAUGUACAGAGGGAAAAGGUGAAUACACAAUGGAAUACAACAGAUAUCAGCCGUGCCUGCCCAUUACACAAGAAGAACUGGUCAAUAAAUAUCUGGAGGCAACAGGGCAGCUUCCAGUGAGGAAAGGAAAGGCUAAGAGCUAACCCAGCUCAUUACACGCUAUAGAUGGAGACUCUGAUAGUGACUGUCUUUUAUCCUACAUGACAUCAGACAGAAGAUCCAAUCUUUCCGCAAUCAAUUUUUAAAAUGCUAAGGAGUUCUGGAAAAAGGAAGCUGCAUUUGAAAAUCAGCUAUUUCAUUGUUUCCUGGUAGUAGUUCCCUAUCAGAAGUAGGCAUGAAAGGUUCACAUUUCUGGUUUUUGUAAAACCCCUUGAAUGUAUUCGUGUGUUGCAAUGAUAAAGAAUCUUGGAAAGACUCUUAGAAUAUCUGUCAUUAAUGGACUUCAAGCCUGGUCCUGUGUACUGCCCUGUAACGGAUGCUUUUCUGAUUAUUUUCAUUGUGAUUUAUCUCCUGAGUAACCUACGAAGAGCAAAAGACAAAUGUCUGGCCUGUCACAAGAUGCAGAACACAAACUCUUAAUUGCUUUCUUUUCUUUUUUUUUUUUUUUUCUUCUUUUCUUACUAGAAAUGUGGAACUAAAAGAAAAAGACCUGUCUGCUUUCUGUGGCAUGUAACAGCAGCGUUUACACGUUAAAUUAACAUGAAACAACAUUUUUGUUUAUUCGUUUGUAACAUAUUUUCUUCCAGCAUAGUGGACAGUUUUUCCUGUCAUUUCUUUUUUUUUGGAAGACUGAGUUACUACUAUUAUGAGGAGGUAUUUAUACCUUACAGAAUAGCAUUUAGCACAGUAAAAGAGAAAAUGUAUCCCAGUUUCUAUUUCCCCACAGUCACAUUGUAUACUUCCUGGCUAUUUGUGGUUUCCAUUUGGAUUUGAGCCGCAGCUCUCUACUGCCAGCUAGUGAUCAUUGUCCCGAUACUUGGUGUCUGCUUUUGUUUUGGUUAGUGACGUUAGUGAGGUACUCUGUCAACCUGUACCCUCUGUGUAGGGCUUUGUAGCACUCCAUCUUCCUCUACUAGCCUGUCUGCUCAUCCCAAAACUUGGUGCACCUCUCCUCCAGAACUGCGUGCGGAGCUUUCACUUUGCCGCUCAAGGAUUUUGGAAAAAUAUUUGAAAAGCCAAAUUUCAAAAUACAAAAAUCUACAAACCUGAGUUGUGAUAAAUUAGUUGAAACAAGAUAAGAACAGAUAAUACUGAGGUCUGAUUAGGGUAGGGGGAAAAAGGGAUUUUGUUUCC